CAGGCGGCGGGGAGCUGGCCCAGCGGAGCGGGCGGCGGAGGCGGGGUGCGAUGCCGGGGCUGUGGGAGCGGCUGGCGGUCGGCGAGCGGGGCCGCCUGGAGACCUCCGACUGCGAGUCGCUGGGCAGCGCCUCCGGCUCGGAGGGAGAUACCGAGGGGGUCUCCCUGCCGGACCUGGACCUGCUGCACGACCCCGAGGAUGAGCUGCUGUGCGCCCACCUGAUGGAGGUGGUGCAGGCCACGCUGGCCAGGGCCCCGCUGGGUGCCCGGCGCUGCUCCCGGCUCCUCAUGCCGGCCCAGCUCCUGGCGCAGGUGCGGACCGAGCUGCUGCGCCUGGCCUGCAGCGAGCCCUGCGGGCUGCGUGGGGCCCUCCUUGACCUCUGCGUGGAGCACGGCAAGGCCUGCCAUGAGGUGGGGCACAUCGCCGUGGACCCUGCUGUGGUGCCCACCUUCCAGCUCACCCUGGUGCUCCGCCUGGACUCCCGCCUCUGGCCCAAGAUCCAGGGACUCUUCACCUCGGGGCCGGCUUUCACGCCCCUGAAGCUGAGCACGGGCUUCAGGGUCAUCAAGAAGAAGCUGUACAGCUCCGAGCAGCUGCUCAUAGAGGAGUGCUGAUGGGCUGGGCUGAAGUGACUGACCCAAGUGCUUCGGAAGACCUGGUUAGAGCGUGGUGGCUCCUGGCAGCCGCUGUAGUUUAGGUUAGGCUGGAGUAGGGCUGUAGGUGGAAAGUAGUUUGGGCAGGCGGAGGUCCCAGUGGGGUGCCUGCCUGUGCUGGGGCAUCCCUGAUGCGGAGCAGACCGGGACGCAGGCGGAGGUUGCUUCACACUGUCGAUUGUGGGAUGAUUGCAGUAACCGAGCUCCUGGAUGUGGCAGCAGGGCUGCUGGGGGGCACACGGUCUCCUCCUGUUGGCUGAUUAAUCAUGGGGGUGGGGGGGGUGGGGGGUGUUUGUAACAAGGAUUGUAAUCAAUGGGGUUUCUGGGGGAGGGAGGGCGUGUGGGUGUGAGUGAUGGCUGGGCUGUAGGUCUGGGUCAAAGACAACCCUGCUGCUGGCACCUGGUGGUUCUGUGCGGGCUCCCAGUAAGGCAGGAGGGGGGUCUGGAAUUGCAUUGCAUCUUUGAUCAUGAGAGGGGUAAGAGUGGUGGGAGAGGGGCAUGUGAGGCAAGGCAGGGACAGAGGGCAGGACCCCUCCCCGUGCUGUGCUGUGGGGGCUUCAUUGGUUACAGUUUACUCAUACACUUGAUGUUCAAGUGCAAGACUUCCUAUGCAAUCAUGUUGGGGUGUUUUUUUUACUUUUCUAAUAAAACUUGUCUUAAUUGAUGAA